CCAACGCGCGCGCUCCGGACGCGGGCUGUGACGCGGACGCCGGUGGGCCGCGCUCAGUGAGGCUCCCGGAAAGGAGCGGAGCCUCCAGGAAGCCGGGUUCUCUCAGCCGCUGGCGCCGCCGCUUCUGCGCCCUCCCCGGCCGUUAUGGAGCCCGCUCGCGGCCCCCCGUUCCCGGGAGCCCCGGCCUGCCGAGCAGUUCCUGGAACAGGAGGAUGGUGACUCAAGAAGGACCCCAGCACUGUUGCUGUAACUGUGUAAGAAGUACUGACCCCCACGACAUCGCCUGGUCUCUGGCCUUUUUUCAGUAUGGGGAGGAUUGGCAUCUCCUGUCUUUUUCCUGCUUCUUGGCAUUUUAGCAUCUCUCCAGUGAGCUGUCCUCGAAUUCUGAAUACCAAUUUACGCCAAAUUAUUGUCAUUAGCGUCUUGGCUGCUGCUGUCUCGCUUUUGUACUUCUCUGUUGUCAUAAUCCGGAAUAAGUAUGGGCGACUAUCCAAAGACAAGAAGUUUCAAAGGUACUUGGCCCGAGUCACAGACAUUGAAGCCACGGACACCAACAACCCGAACGUGAACUACGGUAUCGUGGUGGACUGCGGGAGCAGCGGGUCCCGGGUCUUUGUCUAUUGUUGGCCAAGGCACAAUGGCAACCCUCGUGAUCUGCUGGAUAUCAGACAAAUGAGGGAUAAAAACCGAAAGCCAGUGGUGAUGAAAAUAAAACCGGGCAUCUCAGAGUUCGCUACCUCUCCAGAGAAAGUCAGCGAUUACAUUUCUCCCCUUCUGAACUUCGCUGCAGAGCACGUGCCACGAGCAAAACACAAAGAGACACCGCUCUACAUUCUCUGCACGGCCGGCAUGAGAGUCCUUCCCAAAAGCCAGCAGAAAGCCAUUCUGGAAGACCUCCUGACUGACAUCCCUGUGCACUUUGACUUUCUGUUUUCUGACUCGCAUGCCGAAGUUAUUUCAGGAAAACAAGAAGGUGUGUAUGCAUGGAUCGGCAUUAAUUUUGUCCUUGGGCGAUUUGAGCAUAUUGAAGAGGAUGAUGAGGCGGUCGUGGAGGUCAGCCUUCCUGGCAGUGAGAACAGUGGGGCCAUCAUCCGUAAGAGAACAGCAGGCAUCCUCGACAUGGGCGGCGUGUCCACUCAGAUAGCGUACGAAGUCCCCGAAACUGUAAGCUUUGCCUCCUCACAGCAGGAGGAAGUAGCUAAAAACUUGUUAGCUGAAUUUAACUUGGGAUGCGAUGUCCACCAAACUGAGCAUGUGUACCGGGUCUAUGUCGCCACGUUUCUUGGGUUUGGUGGCAAUGCUGCUCGACAGAGGUACGAAGACAGACUGUUCGCCAGCAUGUUUCAGAAGAACAGGCUGCUGGGCAAGCAGACUGGUCUGACUGCUGAUGCUCCUUACCUAGACCCCUGCCUGCCCCUUGACAUUAAAGAUGAGAUCCAGCAAAACGGGCAGACCGUGUACCUGCGGGGCACUGGAGACUUCGACCUCUGCCGAGAGACCCUCCAGCCGUUGAUGAACAAAACCAAUGAGACGCAGACUUCCCUCAACGGGGUCUACCAGCCCCCAAUUCACUUCCAGAACAGCGAAUUCUAUGGCUUUUCUGAAUUCUACUAUUGCACCGAGGAUGUAUUACGCAUGGGGGGAGACUACAAUGCUGCUAAAUUCACUAAAGCUGCAAAGGAUUAUUGUGCAACGAAGUGGUCGAUCUUGCGCGAUCGCUUUGACCGAGGACUGUAUGCGUCGCAUGCUGAUCUCCAUCGGCUUAAGUAUCAGUGCUUCAAAUCUGCCUGGAUGUUUGAGGUGUUCCACAGGGGCUUCUCAUUUCCUGUCAACUACAGAAACCUCAAGACUGCCUUGCAGGUGUAUGACAAGGAAGUGCAGUGGACCCUGGGGGCCAUCCUCUAUCGGACCCGCUUUUUGCCCUUGAGAGACAUCCAGCAGGAGGUGUUCCGGGCCAGUCACUCCAGCUGGCGGGGUGUCUCCUUUGUCUACAACCACUACCUGUUCUCCGGCUGCUUCCUGGUGGUCGUGCUCUCCAUCCUCCUCUACCUGCUGCGGCUGCGGCGCAUCCACCAGCGCACGCUGCGGGGCGGUUCUGCGGCUGUGCUCUGGAUGGAGGAAGGCCUGCCCUCGCAGAAGGGUGCUGGCGCCUUGUGAGCAGGCGCUGCUCCCAGAAGACUGUCUACGGGAAAAGCCAUUUUUGCCUCAGGGUUUCUCCUCUGUAUUCUUGGUGGUUUUGUUUUUCCUUUCCCCUUUCUGUUCUUUAAAAUGAAAUCCUUUCUUGGUAAGCCCUGCUGUUUAGAAGUAUUGCAUUUAGCCAUGUUUUAUACAGCUUUAAACUGAGGAGUAGAGAAAAGAGGAGCUCACAUGUUUUGCUGCAUAUCCAGAUGAUUGGGGUAUCCACCAAAAUUAGUAAGAUUCUGGGUCUUCUUUAAGCGUGUUGUCAGCAGAUGCACGUUGAUGUUGGCGGGAAUGGAAAACAUGCUUCGUGUGGGUGGCGACGGGACUGAAGAGUGGGACCCCACGGAGCCAGAAGCAGUGAGGACCCUCUGUCCGUCUGUCCUCAAAGCUCCACCUGAAGAGGGCCAUGUUGAGUUCCGACGGAUUGUUCAGGUCUGUCGCCCAGUGUGCUCUUUGCAGAUUUAAAAAUGACAAAUCAUUCAUAUCUGAAAUAGAUCAAAAUAGGUACCAGGCAGUUUUCAAGUUCAUAGGGAAGGAACGUGGCAAUGUCACCUGCUGACAGGAGCUUGGUGUGUGUGUGAAAGAUGCCAAGGCCCAGGAUGAGGGGCUGCAGGACUGGCUCCUGAGGACAUACGCUUUGUGAUAGCAAAUGCCCUGGCGCUGUUACCAUUUCCCGGCCACGUGUACUUACUUUCUUUAUCCCAUUUUUUCCUGCAGCCUUAGAACACUUCAUUUUUUUUAAAAACUGGAAGAUUUAUAAAGUUUCACUGGCUUCAGCUGUGUGAGAACUAGGGUCUGUGUCCCUUCCAGUGUGUCUUAGGAGUGCUCUUUUGCUGCCUAACUGCUCCAUUUUCCUCCAGCUUCAGAUCUGUGUCCCCAGUCCCCUCAGUUAAAAAUCAUCUCCACAGUGUCAUUUGGGAACCCCCCGCCCCAUUGCUUGACCAGUUCUGAUUAUCCGUGCCGUUCCCGCAGCUGUCAUUGGCAGUGCCAGGAGAGAGUUUGACUUUAAUACAAAAAACAACUCACCUUUGAACAAAAACAAAUUUAACAUUUUAAGCAAAAAUCUAAAAAAGGACAGCUGCAUUGACAUAUGUAAGAUUUUUUUAUCUACUUAGCUUGGAAAUUUAUAGAAUUCUCAUUCAGUUUCUGGAAGUUCUUUUUUUUAGAGUGUGUGCAUGUGUGUGCACACACAUAUGCAUAUAUUUCCUAACUCCAAGACAGGUAAAUUUAUGUAGUUGGUAGCGGGUAUGUGUUUUGAGACACAUUAUCUGCCUAUUAAAUAUCAUUGAUGAAAGAAAGAAUUCGGAUUCACAAGACCUAUUUAAUUUAGAAAAAUAUUAGUCCAGCAGUUUCAGAGACAAAGUGGAAACAAACAGAGGAUCCCUGCUUGCAGCCUGCCUUAAGGACCCACCUCAGUCUCCAGGAGAAACCCCCAAGCUAAGAUUCCAAGGCCCAAACUCACUGUACUUGGUAAGCAGCAUGUUCCUCUGACAACUUGAAGCAGGGCUUGGCAAGCUGGUGGAUAUCUAAAGGCCCUUGAGAUAAGAACAUUUUUCAAUUUUUAAAGGACUGUUUGAAAGAAAUACAAGUUGAAGAAUAUGCAGCAAAGCCUAGGUGUGACCUGUGAGCCUAAACUACUUACUAAGUGGCCUUUCAUGAGAAGCUUGCUGACUGUAUGAGUCAGCUUUCCGCUACUGUAACAAAAGCCUGAGACAGGCAACUUAGAAAGGGCUGUUCAGCUCACAGUUUCAGAGGUUCUGGGCUAUGGUCAUUUGAUGCCAUUGUUUUGGGCCUAUAACAAGGCAGCAAUCAUGCCUGAGCAGACCAAUCACUUCAUGCCUGGUGCAAAAGAAAAAAGAGGGGCUACAGCCCCACAGUCAGUUCAAGGGCAAGCACCAGGGACUGAAGACCUCCCACUAGACUCCAUCCCUUAAAGGGUCUACUCUCUCCCAGUAGCACUAAGCUGGGGACUAAGGCUUUAACAUGGGCCUUCGGGAAGCGGUCUAAAUCCACACUAUAGCACUGGCCCUGGCUCUGGGAGAACAGUCUGACCCAAGAGAGGAAACAGGCAGCAGCGUCCUCUGAAUGCAGGAACCUGGUUCCCAUGCAGGGGCAAGAGAAGGGACCCAGCUUCAGUCUUAGAGUAUUUACACACCAGAAUUUCACUUAUCUUCUAGAUUAGUUUCAGGAGGAGCUUCCUACCAAACCUGGAAACCUACCUUCCCCAGUUUGUUUAAAAUACGCUAUUCGGGGAGCUCGUCGUUUAUGCAGAGUUGUCUGCAGCCACAGCAGGUCGUAUUCCGGGAAGGACUUGCGUAGUUUGCCGCAGCACCGUGAACUCCGUGGAGAAGACCGGCAGCUGCUUUCUCUUAAGGGAUGUGGGGGUGGGGUGAGAGGGCAGAGGAGAAGAGUCAAGUCACUUCAAGGCUGGCCAAGGAGGCAGUUCUGUUUACUCACACAAAACAGAAGAAGCUGGGUUGGGAGCUUGGUAAAAGGCUUGCCAGAGAAACAUUCUGUUUAACUCUUGGUAGCAAGAAACGCGUAUGUUCCAUAGCCGUGUCCUGUGCUGCUCCGUUUUAAAGCUCCAGGGAUGUUCUCAAAGUAUUUUACAGUCCAUGUAGGGACAUCACGUAAAAGACAAGUGUGGGUUUGCACCCAUGACCUCUGCACAUUUCCCCUGAGCUGCUUGCGUGGGCAGUACUUUACAGCUCAGUGGGCAGGUGACAGAUGCUGCUUGUGACUCGAGGCCAGUGUUGCAGGGCUCUGCCCACCCGUUAUCCCCAGCCGUGUGCUCUAGUGUGACGCACGCCUAAUGAGCACAUGCUUACAUUUUACACUCAGGCCGACCCGAGGUAGCUUUCCUUACAAGGAGCAUGUAUCGCUUAGCAAGAAAUUUAGAAAGGCAAAUGUGUUCUCCAAGCUUUAAAAAAAAUCAUGAGCUUUAGAAUUCUGUGCGGUCAUGUGCAAUGCAGCAAAACUACCUUUAGUAAAUUAUUUAUUUAUUUCAUUGUUUCUGUGAUGUUGAGUUUUCCUUUCAGUAAUGAGUAAUGUGAGUGGCCUAAAACUUCAUUCAGUUGCUGAAAUUAUAUUUUGCAAUUACAAAUUAAAACUAAGGGAGCAGCUGUAUGUGUUCUGUUUCACCGAUGUUUUUCCUUUGAAGUAUGCAUAAUUAUCACUUCCCACUGGCAGCCUCGUGUUGCACACUUGCUCAGAGGUGAGGAGGAUCAAUAAAGUUAAGGUUCACUCAGUG